CGCCACCUGGAGUCCCCAUGGGGUGGCCUACAAAGACUUCGCUUUCGUCUCGACUCGGUAUCCAUCUCAACCUCAUCUUUCUUCUUUGGCUCGGUCCUCAUUGAGACUCGCUAAACAUUACCGCCCAGUCACACGCGCAAACGAUCAUGUCUAUUCACGGUAAAGAAGACUUCCAGCAUAGCCACCAUGAGCACCCUCUCCAUGACAGUCCCAAGGUCAUUGAAGCGGCUGCUACCGAGUACGUCGAAGGCACAGCAGAAGAGAGGAAGCUAGUCAGGAAGAUCGACUUGCAUCUACUCCCGGUUUUGUGGGUCAUGUACAUCUUCAACUACCUCGACCGGACCAACAUUGGUAAUGCCAAAGUCGGAGGCAUGCAGACGGACCUCAACUUGUCCUCUUCCGGCUAUUCUUUGGUGUUGUCCAUCUUCUUCGUCGCGUACUUGGUGUUCGAACCUCCUGCAGUUAUGCUGCUGGCGAGGACUAAGCCAAGUCUUUUCUUGCCGUCCAUCAUGAUCGUCUGGGGAGCUGUCUCGGUUGCUGUCAAGGGCGUUAACAGCCUCGGCGCAUUGAUCGCUUUCCGUGUCGCUCUUGGCUUCCUAGAGGCGGGCUUCUUCCCAGGAGUCAUGCUCGUGCUUUCUUGUUGGUAUAAGCCUAAGGAGUUGUCGAAACGUAUAGCUGUUUUCUAUACGGGUACAAUCUUGGCCGGUGCUUUCGGUGGUCUGCUCGCUGGAGGGAUCAUCGAUGGAAUGGAUGGUGUUGGAGGUACCCGCGGCUGGAAAUGGUUAUUUAUCAUCGAAGGUCUCGGAACGGUCAUUGUCGGUAUUGUCGCAUAUUUCGUCCUGCCAGAUUAUCCAACCACUACCCACUGGCUUUCCGAGCAGGAGAGAAAACUAGCUGCAAUGCGUCUAAUCAUUCGAGAGGAUUUGGACGCGAAAAUGCCCUACAAGAAGGCUAUAUCCUUGUCCCUCAAAGACUGGAAGAUGUGGCUGUUCAUGCUUUCACUAAACACCAUCUUGGCUUCGGGUACGGUCUCGUACUUCUUCCCGACUCUCAUGAGCUCAUUGGGCUACAAAGGUCGAAUGGUACAAUUCAUGACCGUGCCAAUAUUUGCUGUCACACUGGUGAUUAACCUCGUCAUGGGAUUUUCGGCCGACUAUACUGGACAGAAAGCAUACCACGUCAUGGGCUGCUCCGCACUUGCAGUUCUCUCUUUCAUCAUCUGCGCAGCUAGCAAGUCGUUCCCCGUCCGUUACGCUUUCAUCUGUUUCGGAUUUGCUGGUGUGCAGUCUUGCGUGCCUUUGUUGAUCAGUUGGGAGGUCACAAUGUUUCCGGGUCGAGAGCGGCGGGCCGUCUCGGUCCCUCUUAUCAAUGGUUUUGGUAACCUGGCCUCCGUUUAUGGCUCUUUCAUCUGGCCAGCCGAGGAUGCCCCACGAUACAUCACAGGCUUUGCCGUCAUGACCGCCUUCAUGUUCAUUGCGGGUUCUACUGCCUUCGUCAUCAAAAGGAUCUGGGACGACAAGGGUCUGGAGAGAAUCGAUUACGACGAGCAGACGAACAAUUGAUAAUUACUAUGAGACAUUUCUUGGCCGUGGAAGGGGAAUGAUGGUGAAGGUGCUCAAACGAGAAAGAUUUCGUCUUAGGGAGGUCAGGGAUGGUUGUCGAAGGAUGGUAUCUG